UUUGAAUACAAGUCACUUCUUUGAUACGAAAGUCUGAAGAUAUAACGAUUUCAUAUCCCGGCCAAAAGACUUGGAGACUACCAUGGCAGAAACAGCGCCUCUCACGUCGGCACUUACACAUGCUCGCAAAGCAGCUCGGAGCUCUAUCGAUACAGACUGGGCAGACGCUAUCGCCGAACAUCAGCAAGCGGCCGCAGAAUACUCUCGCUCGGCAAGAACGACGAACGAUUCCGAGGCACUCCGAAUACUACGACUUCUAGAGGCCGAGCAUGCCAAGCUUGCCCAGAUCAUCCAGAAUAAGGAUACUUCCAAGCAGCCAGGAUCACCGCCGACCAAUCACGAAAAGCAUGCAGAGCCCACGACGAGCAAACGAGACCCUGGCGAGACGCGGCAAUCUUCGGUAGCGGCAAAGGCCUCGGGUUCGCCUUUACAAGCCGCUCGAUUCGGUAGCCAACUACGAGAAUCCUCGCCGUCACUCGCCAGAGACAUGGCCUCACGGAGAGGGAUUCCGCCGUCAAAUAGAUUGUCAGCCGCGGCGCAGGCUCGAGCCCGACCCCUCUCGCCAGAAGCCCAGCGUCGCACGACAGGUAGUUCGAUGCCAAAGAUUCCUCCCUCAAUCAUGGAUAGUCAAGGACUUCAGCAAUCGACCGCGGGAAAGAAGGCGCAGGAUGACGACGCCUUUGCGAAAUUCUACACCAAUCUCACAACUGGAACCAUGUCUAAGCUUUCCACAGCUCUCGCAUAUGCCGGACUCCCGCUAUCACCCGAAGAAGCACCUGUAGAGCAAAGUCGGCAGAGAAUGGAACGCAGCACAGUUCACGCGAGCAACGACCCCGAUGUAAAGAAUCUAUUCUCCAAGGCUGCCCUCGCUGCCAUCGAGGACGAACACCGCCAGCGGGGUCGGCAAGGUCGCGUCUUUGGGCCUGCCGAGAGUUUCUACGUGGUGCAGACUGGCGGCGGGACCUAUUCAUACGCCGACAUUGCAAAAGCCCAAGCGCAGGAUCAGUCCAAGCUACAACAACAACCUCAUCCUGACACUAUUGAGGAAGAAGACCAAGAGAUCUUCGUGGACGCCCGCGACGCCCGGGAACCGCCCUCGCCCAAGCAGAGUCGAAUCUCCGGUCAAGGGAGCCUCCGGGGAGGAUUCAGCCGGAGUACGAGCGAGGAGCUGGAACUCGAGAACGUCACCCUGAAGCAGACCCUGGAGCAGCUCGCCACACGCCUCGCAGAGUUCGAAACCCACGCGCAGGACGCCUCGAUGGCGGCUCUGACGCAGAGCAUGGCGAACGUCAAGGCUGGAGGCGCCCACAACGUUGUCGCGGGAUCGGUCGCCGGCGAUCGCGUCUCGCAGCUCGAGAAACAGCUCGAACAGAUGACUGACGAGAGACAGAAGUAUUAUUCCCUGGCGUCGAAGCAGGAUAAGACGUUGAAGCAAUAUCGCGCUAAAUGGGAGGACAUCAAGAAGAGCGCGCGAGAGAAGGACCGGACGAAGAAGGAAAAGACUACGACGGACAAGCCAGGCGAGGAUGGACUGGUCAGUGCGAAUGAGCCGUGGAAGGCGAGCGAGCCGGCUCUUUAAAUCUCACGCGGACGAUUCUUCUUGCGGCCUGCGACCAAGUUUGGACACAUAUCGUCGUUAUAUGUACCUGGAAACUUUUCGAUCCUAAAUCUUCGACUGUUUCGCUUUACGUUUCGCUGCGAGGGGAAUGAAAUGUCAGCAUGCUGGCCCCAUGAAUUCGGAACGUACUCUCGAGGAGAAGAAGUCGCUCCCCCACUCACCUUCCAACUCAUCCUUCUUCGCGCCCAUCCUCCUCGACGGCUCGCCGUCCACGAACCUCUCGGACAGCGCAUUCCACGAAUCGAACAGGGCCACGAUCCUCUUCUCCCUGAGGGGCGCAUUCGCC